UCCUCAUAUGUUUUGGAGUUCAUUACUGGUUUGUUAAAGGCUCCAAGGAAUAUAUGUAUUCUUAUUGCUUGUAUUGCACUAGCUAUUUGUUAAGUGUUGUGCUGCUCCGUUCCUUUUGUUUGUAGGUAUUUGGGACAUUGCACUAGUUAUGUUGUUGUCGCCUCUGUGCUUCUAUGUGCUGUUGUUUCACGCCACUUGUCUACUACAGAUCCAUCAGUGGCGAGAAGAGAUGCUCUGCACAGUACUGUUAUUCGCCUUAGAAAUGGUUUCCGCAGAAAAGAUCAUAGUAGUUCUGCUAGUUCUUCCGAGGGUUGUGGAUCCAGUGUGAAACGUAGUAGUAGUGCAGAUGCUGGUCAUCUUGCUAAUGCUCCUGUAUCUUACACUGGUGAUGUUAGCAGCUACAAUACUAUUGAGGGAAUCAACAGUGAUAAGAGUAUGGAUAGUGGAAGGCCCAGUUUAGCAAUCCGUAGUAGUUCAUGCAGAUCAGUAGCUCGAGAACCCGAAGUAGGCAGCUCAACAUGUGUUGACAAGAACUUUGAUCGUAAUUCUCUGCCAGUAUGCUCAAGUAGCUGCAUUGAAAACCAAGGAUGUGAGUCCAGUGCAUCAGCUCCAAUAAAUCAGCAGAUGCUUGACUUGAAUUUGACACUUUCUUUCCAGGAAAAGUUGAAUGAUCCCAGAAUUACAUCGAUGUUAAAGAGGAAGGCAAGACAAGGAGAUCUUGAACUUAGUGUUCAUCCUUGAUACCGUGGUUGUUGGAGUUUUUUUCGUCCAGAGCCUAUAAACCUUAUAAAUGCGGCACACCAACAGUUUGAAUUUGGCAUUGUGGUGUUGCUUUUGUCUCCUGUCAUAUGUUCAAUACUGGCGUUCCUUUGGUCUCUUCAACUGGAAGAGCUAGCCAUGACUUCGAAGCCAUGCAACUAUGGAUUUAUAGCUUGGAUGCUAAGCACUUGUGUUGGCUCGCCUCUUUCGUUCCUAAGGGUGUUCUAUUUGCCUACAUGUCUUUAUUUGCUGGAUCUGUUGUAGCUCUUGGAGUGAUAGUGUCUGCAAAACCAUUAGAUGAUUUAGGGUACAAGGGGUUGACUGUUGAUCAGAAUGUUGUUACCUCUCCUUAUGCAUCAUCUGUUUACCUUGGUUGGGCAGUGGCAUCUGCAAUUGCUUUAUUAGCUAGUGGCUUGCUGCCCAUCAUAUCAUGGUUUGUAACAUAUCGGUUUCCCCUCUCAUCUGGUAUUUCUAUUGGUGUAUUUGCAGCUGUUCUUGUGGCAUUUUGUAGUGUCUCGUAUUUGAAAGUUGUGAGUUUGAGGGUUGAUCAAGUCCUGAUGAAGGAAGACUUCUUGGCUGCAUUGCUUCCACUGUUAUGCAUUUUUGCAGUCCUUUCACUUUCUUCUGGUUUAUUUAAAUGGAAAGAUGAUAACUGGAAGCUUUAUCGAGGUGCCUAUAUAUUCAUUAUUAUUGGUCUUCUUCUUCAGCUUGGUGCCAUUUCGGCCAUCAUAGUUACAGUGCAUCCUUGGAGGAUAGGAGCAACAUUUCUCUUAGUUCUCCUCCUUCUAGUUCUAGCUAUCGGUGCGAUUCAUUAUUGGGCCUCAAAUAAUUUCUAUCUGAAAAGGGUUCAGAUGCUAGUUGUUUGUUUUCUAGCGUUUCUUGUGGCUUUGGCGGCCUUUCUUGUUGGAUGGUUUCAAGACAAGGCUUUUGUUUGUGCAUCCGUUGGUUACUUCUCAUUUCUUUUCCUACUAGCUGGAAGGGCAUUGUCUGUGCCCCCUUUCACCUUCGAUAGUAGUCUAUUCCCCAAGGGUGUUACCUGUGUAUGUGUACGAUGCACAUGCAGAUUGUGGGAAAAACGUCAGGUUUUGUUGAACUCUUCUCUGUAUGCUGAAGUUUUGGAGUUCUUUCAUUUUUCAAUGAAUUUUUAUCAAGUUAUCCAAAAAAUUCAUGUUCUACUUUCUAUCCUCUGUGGUGCAUUUCUUUUGCUUUAUGGCGUUGCAUUAGCUAUUGAAGGAUGGGGUGUAGUUGCAAGUUUGAAAAUCUAUCCCCCUUCCGCUGGAGCUGCUGUUUCAGCAAUUACCCUUGUCGUAGCUUUUGGAUUCGCUCUCUCUCGCCCUUGUUUGACUCUCGAGCUUUGUGUACUUUGCAUGCUGUUAAGGAGUGGAAGAGUUAUUGGAGAAAUAAUUGAGCUAGGUUACAAUCACCAGGUAAGUGUGGCUGGACUUGACUCUUUUAAUUUCCAACCGUGUGAAGCUGUGCUUGAGUCUGGUUGUGAAGUUUCCAACGUGUUUGUUGCUGAUUCUGAAUCUGAUUUUGAGACAAUAUUUGGAAACCUUUUUGAAUCAACGCUGUUUUUUACAACAACCAACAAAGAAAAUAUGAUCCAUACUCAAAUUCUUAUAAUGAGGGCUGGAAGGAUCAUCCAAAUCUCAGAUAUGGUCCUCCUCAAAACAAUAAUCAAAAUUUUAAUCAAGCAAAUAGGGGAAAUCUGAAUUUAAAUCAUCAACCUAGCCAAGAUAGAAGUGCCCAGAUGUUUGAACAAAUUCUUAAGAAAAUGGAUGACAAGUUUUCAAGUUUCGAUUCAACUCUUAAACAAGUUCAAGAAAAACAAACAGCUACUAAUGUGAUUAUAAGCAACUUGCAGGCUCAAAUGAAUCAAAGAAUCCCUUCUCAACCUUUUCCAAAUCCAAAAGAAAACAUAAGUGCUGUGGUUUUAAGGAAUAAGAAACAAUUGCCUGAACCUAAGGGUAGGGAUAGGGUUGAGAGUGAGAAAGAAGUUCCUAAAGUUGUGAACCUUGAGUUAGAUGAGGCUACUGACAGCAGUUCUCAUGGGGCUGAAACAGUGGGAGAAACACCUGGGAAUGAUAACUCAGACCAAGGGGAAAGGGUAGAAGACAUGGUCAGACCUAAAGCUCCCUUCCUGAGUAAGUUCCUUAGCCAAAAGUCUAGGAAUAAAGCCUUAGAUCAAGAACUUUUAGAUACCUUUAAGAAGGUAGAGAUCAAUUUGCUCCUCUUAGAAGCCAUCAAACAAGUGCCUAAGUAUGCAAAAUUCUUAAAAGAGCUGUGCACUAAUAAGAAAAGACUUUCGGGGAAUGAAAAAAUCCAAAUGAGUGAAAAUGUUAGUACUGUUUUUCAAAAUAAAAUGCCUCAAAAAUGCAAAGAUCCUGGGGUUUUUUCUAUUCCUUGUCAAAUAGGGAGUCUUAAAUUUGAUAGGGCAAUGCUUGAUUUAGG